AUGGACAACCAUGAGUCGACCAAACAACUGGUCUACACUCUUCUCGAGCGUCUAGCCAACACACUCGCAUUGGUGAAUGACGUGGCAUGGAAUAGAGGGGAAGCCGUUCAGGAGCCUCUUUCCAACACUCUCCAAAUAUGGGGAGUACCUGAAAAACUGAAAGCGAUUCGCGAGGCUCCGCCCACUGAACAAACGGAAUUGGUUGAAAAGUUUUUGGUGGAGGAGCAUAAGGACGUUGAGCAGGAGGUUGAAUGCAUGUCUGAGGAGAUAGCUGGUCAGAAGGAUCUCAUCAAGUCCAGUGAUUGUGCCGUUGAGGCGAUGGAGGAAAAGUUGGAUAUCGAGGCGGAAGAGAUAAGGAGACUCCAAGCUCUAUUGAAAAAAGCCAACGACUCCAUCAUUGAUAAGGACUACGUGAUUGGAUUACUCAGGGAUAAUAUAAAGGAUCUGAAGUCAACACCGGAGGCUCAGAUUCAGAAGAAGAAGGCGCUCGACGGUGCCAAGGAAAUCAAGAAUCUGAAAACUGAGAUGCGUCUGGAAAAGAAAAAGUACCAGGAGAGAAUCAAUUAUUUGUUGGACAAGGAAAUGAAGGAGAUGAAGAUUACGGGGAAGAAGAAGCCGGCAAGACUUGAGAUUCUGGAGCAGAAUGAUGGAGUUGAUUAUGAUCUACUAGUUGCGAAAAAUCUGGAACUCGAAAAGAAAUUGAAAGAAUCUCAGAAAGACGUGCAGAAGAAAGAGUUGGAGAUCAAGGAAAUGAAGGAGUUUAUCACUUAUAAGAGACAGAUGGCUGAAAGAUUUUAA